AUGUUGAGAGACGAAAGCGUGGGUUCAAUAAGCGCGAGGCACAGCGCUACCACCGUCUCUGCGGUGUCGAAUAAGGUUCUGGUGGCCGUGAAGGCGGAGAAGGUGAUCUCCAACACCGCAUUAGCAUGGGCACUCACUCAUGUCGUUCACUCCAGCGACUCCAUCACGCUGCUCGCCGUGCAUUCCGCCGAUAAAACUGGCCGAAGAUUCUGGAACUUUUCGAGACUGGCUUUAGACUGUGCGAUCGGAAACACGGGAAAAUUGCCGGAGGGGAUUUCUGAUAUCUCCGAGUCUUGCGCUCAGAUGGUGCUUCAGUUGCACAAUCAAAUUGAGGUUAGGGUGAAGAUUAAGGUGGUCACAGGUACUCCCAGUGGUGCUGUGGCGGCUGAAGCGAGAUGGAGUGGUUCCCAUUGGGUCAUACUGGACAAGAAAUUAAAGCAAGAGGUAAAGCAUUGCAUGGAUGAACUCAACUGUAGCAUUGUGGUGAUGAAUGGCUCACAGCCAAAAGUCCUCAGGCUUAACUUAGGGUGCUCCAAUGAAAUGCAAACUCCUUUUUUCUCUGCUUCUUCUUCACCAGGUAAAGAAAUUGGAAGGCUAAAAGGUCGCAGAUUGAAGCAUUCCACUCCAGUGAGUAGUCCUGAAGCAGCAGGUUCUUCUAUUACAAGAAACAUGGGAGAAAAUUCGGUGUCAAGUUCUGACUCAACGACUCCUCUUUUCCUAGUCUAUGAACAAAACCCUCUGUACGAGGGUCAGGGACAACACAAAAGAACACACAAACCAAUCAACAAGCCAAAAGAUUUCAACGUUCAGCCACCAUUAUACUUUAAUUUGGAAAGGGAUCGCCCUCUCACUUCUUGGACAAGCCCAACAUCAUCUGUGGCUAGUGAUAACAAGACUGUACUCUGGAUUCCUCAAAACCACAUUGUAAAUGACAAGCUUCAAAAAACUGAAAACAAGAGAAUUAUCCAAAGAACUAAAUCUCCAACUUCUAAAACUUUACUUGAGAAUUUUAUUCAUUGUGAUCAAGAAAUGAGGACAUUUGAACUUGGGUUUAACCAAGCUCAGAGUAGAAGUUAUGUAGCCAACUCGGGCGUCAGAGAUAAUGCCAUUCCUUUGGGUAGAACUUCCUCUAUACCUCCUCCCUUAUGCUCACAGUGUCAGAAUAAAGCACCAGUAUUUGGAAAGCCUCCUAGACGGUUUUCUUACAAAGAGCUAGAAGAAGCUACUGAUAUGUUCUCAGAUGUGAAUUUUUUGGCUGAAGGUGGAUUUGGUGUGGUUCACAAGGGAAAACUCGAAGAUGGCCAGGUUGUUGCGGUGAAACAGUUAAAGUUCAGUGGCUCUCAAGCAGAUCUUGAUUUCUGCAGGGAAGUUCGGGUUUUGAGCUGUGCACAACACAGAAAUGUUGUAUUGUUGAUCGGAUUUUGUACAGAGGGAAAUUUGAGGAUAUUAGUCUAUGAGUACAUAUGCAACGGAUCCUUGGACCUCUACUUACAUGGAGAAGAGAUUAUGUCUUUGGAUUGGAACUCACGCCUAAAGAUAGCGAUCGGAGCUGCACGAGGCUUACGGUACCUUCAUGAAGAUUGUAGAGUUGGUUGUAUAGUGCACAGAGACUUUCGACCUAAAAACAUCCUCUUAACCCAUGACUUCGAACCUCUGGUGGCUGAUUUUGGGCUUGCAAGAUGGCAAUCAGAAUGGAACAUAAAUUCUGAAGAUCGCGUUAUAGGAACUUCCGGGUAUCUUGCACCGGAGUAUCUUGAUACUGGAAAUCUUACGUAUAAAGUCGAUGUGUAUGCAUUUGGAAUAGUUUUAUUAGAGUUAAUAACAGGUCGAAGAAUUAGUGAGUUGGAACAGUUCGAUGGACACUCCUAUCUUUCUGAAUGGUUUCACCCGCUACGCAUGUUAGAAGCCAAUCAUAUCAUGCAAAACCUUCGAUCUCUCAAUCCAUGUUUGGAUUCUGAGGCGUCACUGGAAUUUAAUCUUCAAUUGCAGGCCAUGACACGGGCUGCUUCACUGUGUCUACGUCUGGACCCUGAUGCCAGACCCCCAAUGUCAAAGAUCCUCAGAGUGCUGGAAGGGGGCGAUCCAGUUCGUCCUAGGGGUUUAUUAGAAGGUUUAGACAUGAAUUCGGUUGGUAACAGAAGUGGCCAUUUAAGUGGUUUAACUUCGCACGCUACACCUAAAGGUACAAUAAGUCAUUCCCGUAGGUUAUCACAUUGAUCAUUCCUUCGGCUCUUUGGCCAGAGGAUCUAUUGUUGGCAAUAGCAUAGGAACAAUUCUCCAUUUGAAGCGUGGAUCUCUCUCAUAUGCACAUAGAAACAAUCACACCAGCACAGUAAUUGGUGGAAAGAAGUCAUUAUG